GGGCUCGAAGGUACGCUAGCGUCGCCUUAUCUUCUUUAGCUUCGUAAGCUUUGUUGCUCCACCUCCGCCGAUUCCCUCUAACCUGUAACAACAACCACGACCGAGCUUCGCUUCCGGUUUCUGCGCGCAGCAUCGAAGUGGCGGCAAUGGACGUGAUCUCGAGGACGAGCGCCCUCCCGACACCCUCCACGCUGAAUCCCCACGCCCCGCUGUUCGUGCCGCUGGCGUACCGGGCGGUGGAGGACUUCUCCGACGAGUGGUGGGCCCUGGUCCACACCUCCCCGUGGUUCCGCGACUACUGGCUGGAGGAGCGCUUCUGCGACCCCCAGGACGACCACCUCUUCUCCGCCGCCGGCGACGACGACGACGAUCUGGCCCUCCCCGACCUCGACUCCCUCUUCGACGACUGCGAUCAAGCCCUCGCCGACCAGGGAAAGGAGGAAUGGAGUGGGUACUGUGGAGAUCUGGUUUCGAUCGGGGGGUUGAAGUGGAAGGAGGCGCGACGCGAGGCUCGCGCGCCGAGGUACGCGGAGAAGGCGCCGAAGAUCGUGAACAGCUCGAGGGUUUGCCCGAGGACGAUUCAGCAGCCGCGCUAGGUUCGAGUUCGACUCACUGGGUGUGGGCUGGAACAAGGCCGAGUCGAGUUCAUUGCGUUUCGGCCGUGAAUUGAAUUUGAAUUCAGCUACUGUUAGCUUACUGCUUUUGUAAAUAGAGGCGUCUUGUGUUUCUGUUCUUAGGUGUCGUCUUCUGACUGUUGUUUUAGCUCAUGUAAUUGGAAUAUGUACUGAAUUCACCAACGAAAUUCGAGGAAAAAAAUUGGAAAA